AUGGCGGCCCGUCGUAGAGUUCGAAGCCUUGAAGAUUUGAAUGAAAACAACAAUGAUGGGGGUUGCACGUUUGAACAGUUUAAUCGUACGCAUCCUCCCACCUUUGAUGGAAGAGGCGAUACGAACGCAGCGGAGGAUUGGAUUCAAGACAUUGAAGAGAUAUACGAUGUUUUGGAGUGUACUGAUCAGCAGAAAGUUCGGUCCGCAGCUUUUAAACUAACUGGAGAAGCGAAGAGGUGGUGGAAUUCUGAAAAAGUCAUCAGGGAAGCUGAGGGGACUGGAGUGAUUGUUUGGGCUCAAUUCAAGCAGAAUUUCUUUGACCGAUUUUUUCCUAAAGCAGAUAGAGAAGCGAGAGUUCGAGAGUUCACCAAUUUAGUACAAGGGACCAUGACUGUGCGCCAGUAUGCUGCAAAGUUUGUGGAAUUAUCACGUUUCGCCGCAUACUUGAUUCCUGAUGAGGAGAAAAAGACCAGGAAGUUUGAGGAAGGUUUGAACUACAGGAUUUAUGAACAAGUGAUGGUCCUACAGAUUCAGAAUUUUUUAGAAUUAGUACACAAGGCAAUGCUAGUUGAGCAGAAUCUCAAGAGGGGUGCUGAAUUGCAAGAACAGACGAAGAGAGUUGCUCCACAAGGAUGCCCUAGUUCGUAUCAAGGGCAAUGGAAAAAGAGAAAUGAGGGGAGCAGUUCAAGUCAGAGACAGAUACAGGGAAAUCAUACCUCUAACCCUGUUAAGUUCUGUAACCGCAUACACCUUGGGGAGUGCAGAAAGGAAGUGGGAUCAUGUUUCAAAUGCGGGAAGGAUGGGCACUUCAUUAGAGAAUGUCCAUUGCUUGCAGAGAACAACAGAAGGCCCAACCCACCUCAAAACUUUAGGCCGAAUAACCAAGGCAACAAUCAACAGAGGACUGUACCGGCACGGGUGUUUGCUUUGACACCGGGAGAAGCUGAGGACAGGAAUGAUGUAAUCACAGCUUCUUGUUACGCUAGUAUUGAUUGUUUUAAAAGGGAAGUGGUGUUCAAGUUUCCGGAAGAGGAGGAACUUCGGUUUAUGGGUUCCAGAGGAUACUUGGCUUUUGUAGUGGAUGAACCAAAGGAAGAAUUGAAGUUAGAAGAGAUUCCCAUUGUGAGAGAGUAUCCGGAGGUUUUUCCUGAAGAUUUGUCUGGAUUGCCACCCGAGUGGGAGGUAGAGUUUGCUAUUGAGUUAGCCCCAGGCACGACGCCUCUUUCCAAAGCCCCUUAUCGAAUGGCACCAUCAGAGUUAGCCGAGUUCAAAGAACAGUUGCAAGAUUUAUUAGACAAAGAUUACAAAGAACUGAACCGAGUGACCAUAAAGAAUAAAUAUCCGCUACCCCGCAUCGAUGAUUUACUUGAUCAGUUGCGAGGUGCUCAGGUUUUCUCCAAGAUUGAUCUCAGAUCGGGUUAUCAUCAAUUGAAGAUCAAGGCGGAGGAUGUACCUAAGACAGCUUUCACGACCAGGUACGGCCAUUAUGAAUUCUUGGUCAUGCCUUUUGGCCUAACCAACACCCCAGCGGUAUUUAUAGAUUUGAUGAAUCGGGUAUUUCAUGAAUUCUUGGAUAAAUUUGUGGUAGUGUUUAUUGACGACAUAUUAAUCUACUCUAAGAACAAAGCUGAACAUGAAGAGCAUCUGAGACAAAUACUUGGGACACUCAAGGAUAAGAAAUUAUUUGCUAAGUUGAAGAAGUGUGAGUUUUGGCUUAAGUCUAUUGCAUUUUUGGGACAUGUAGUCUCCAAGGAUGGUAUUUCAAUAGAUCCCGGAAAAAUUGAAGCAAUAGUUAACUGGACUCAACCAACCAAUGUGCAUGAAGAAUUGAAGAAGAGAUUGGUGACAACUCCAGUUUUGGCAGUCCCUAGCGAAAGAGGAGGUUUUGUGGUUUAUAGUGACGCUUCACGAUUGGGUUUGGGGUGUGUAUUGAUGCAUCUUGGGAAAGUAAUAGCAUACGCUUCUCGGCAAUUGAAGACAUAUGAGCAAAAUUAUCCCACGCAUGAUUUGGAGUUAGCCGCUGUUGUUUUUGCACUUAAAAUUUGGAGACAUUAUUUAUAUGGUGAAAGGUGCGAAAUCUACACGGAUCACAAGAGUUCAAAGUACUUCUUCACUCAGAAAGAACUAAAUAUGAGGCAGAGGAGAUGGCUUGAACUAGUCAAGGAUUACGACUGCAAUAUUAACUACCAUCCAGGCAAAGCUAAUGUUGUAGCUGAUGCACUUAGCAGGAAGCCAAUUGGACCAGCAGUUGCUACUCUUACCACUCAGCCCCAUUUAUUAAUGAACUUAGAAAGAGCUGCUAUUGAAGUUGUUACUGGUGAUCAGCAGGCAUUGAUAGCCAGUUUAACAGUUCAACCAGCUUUGAUAGACAGAAUUAAGCUUGCUCAAAAAGAAGAUUUCGAGGUAGCGAGAUUAGUAGAAGAAGUAGAAAAAGGAAAUAAAUCUGAGUUCAGUGUUUCUGAAGAUGGAGUGUUAAGGUUCAGAAAAAGGACCAUUCAAAUUUUGGAAGAUAUGUUGAGGGCGUGUAUGCUAGAUUUCAAGGGAACCUGGAUACGACACUUGCCUUCAGUAGAGUUUGCUUAUAAUAACAGUUACCAGGCUAGCAUUGAGAUGGCACCUUAUGAAGCACUAUACGGUAGGAAGUGUAGAUCUCUUUUGUAUUGGGAUGAGGUGGGGGAAAGACAAAUUUUGGGUCCAGAAAUCAUACAGAAGACAACAGAAAAGAUUGAGACCAUUCGAGCUAGAAUGAGAGCAGCUCAGUGUCGACAGAAAAGCUAUGCAGAUAAUCGUCGUCGCCAAUUAGAGUUUGAGGUCGGGAAUAAGGUAUUAUUGAGGAUUGCACCCAUGAGAGGGGUUUUGAGGUUUGGAAAGAAGGGCAAGCUAAGCCCUAGAUUUGUCGGGCCUUUCAAGAUUCUUGACCGGAUUGGACCAGUAGCUUACAGAGUAGCCCUACCACCAGCACUCUUAGGAGUGCACGACGUGUUUCAUGUAUCUAUGCUGAGGAAGUAUGUAUCUGACCCCACCCACGUUAUCGACUUCGAACCUUUUCAAAUUUAG